UCUCAAGAAAUAUAUCAUAACAAUAUAUAAUCAUAAAUCCUUAAUUUCAUGAAUUCUAAACUCAAAUUGAGAAUACAGAUUAAUUUAAUAUUUGUGUGUUACAUUUUUGUGGACAUAUAUAAUGGAUAUAUAAUCUUAGUUUAGUGCUGUAAAUUAUAAAAAGUAACCAUCACAAUGAACGAAAUUGACGACAAAUUUUAUUAUGUGUACAGCUCGUCUCUCGACCACAAGGUUGAAAUAAAGAUUGGGACAUUGGAAGGCAAACGCACUAAACCUGAAUAUGAUAAGUUGCUCUCGGACCCCAUGCUCAAGUUCUCAGGACUCUAUCAGGAAGGAUGCUCAGAUCUGUAUGUGACAUGCCAAGUCCUCAGUGAUGGAGUGCCGCUAGCACUGCCUGUCACUACAUCAUAUAAAGCCUUUACUAAUAGAUGGAACUGGAAUGAAUGGGUGACCUUGCCAGUAUACUUCAGUGAUUUGCCUCGGAAUGCAACCCUGGCUAUGACCAUAUAUGACUGUGCAGGGCCAGGAAAAGUUAUGAUUGUGGGAGGCACCACUAUAUCCUUGUUUGGAAAACAUGGUAUGCUGAGACAGGGCAUGUUCGAUCUGCGAGUGUGGCCGGGAGUUGAAGGUAGCGAGAAGACGCCGGGUAAAGCACCUGACCGCGGCAAAGAGCAGAUGCAACGACUUGCCAAGUUGGCGAAGAAACAUCGCAAUGGACAUAUGCCUAAGGUUGACUGGCUGGACAGAUUGACAUUUAGAGAAAUUGAAAUGAUAAACGAGAAAGAGAAAAGAAGUUCUGACUACAUGUAUCUUAUGAUUGAGUUUCCUACAGUCCAAAUAGACGGUAUCAAUCACGCCGUGGUGUACUACGAACAGGACGGUGAUGAAAUGUAUCAGUUCCGCGCACAAGCUGAGAUCGUUACCGUUCCAGACUACGAGAUAUUACAGGAGAACCUGGUGGAGAGCAAGCAGCAUCGGCUGGCGAGAUCGCUGCGGUCAGGAGUGUCUGGCCGAGACGCCAAGCCCACCGCCGCAGAGCGCGACCAGCUCGCCGCGCUGGUGGCUGCCCCGCCCGCCGCCGCCCCGCCUGCCGCAGACCAGGACCUCGUGUGGAAGUUCAGAUUCUACCUUUCGUCCCACAAACGAGCUCUUACGAAGUUUCUGGAGUGUGUCAAUUGGAACCGCCCAGGCGAGGUACGCCAAGCCUUGUCUAUGAUGAAACAGUGGGCGCCGAUGGACGUCGAAGACGCUUUAGAACUACUCACGCCUAAGUUCACACAUCCGGCUGUUAGGAAGUAUGCAAUAUCUCGCUUGAAACAAGCACCCGACGAGGAUUUGCUUCUCUACUUGCUACAAUUGGUGCAGGCCUUGAAGUAUGAAGACUAUUUGGAAAUACAGGAAGAGUGCGUGAGGAUCUGUGGGAAGGAGGCGAUAGCAUAUUCAGAGGUGGAUGGAAAGCUUGUGCAGAGCGGACAGCGAGGCAGCCAAGCCAGCCUGCUCUCUGUCUCAGGGGUGCUGACGUCCAGCGAGACUUCGACGUCGACGAGCAGCCCUCGGAGUGCGGGGGCGGCGGGGGCUGCGGGGGGCGCGGGGGCGGAGGCGGCCGCCGCCGCGGAGGAGGACGGAGACUCCGCACUGGCCUCGCACCACUACGGGGCGUGCGAGGGCUCGGAGGGGUGUGAGGGCGCGGAGGGCGAGGAGGGGUCCCUGGCGCGGUUCCUGGCGGCGCGCGCCAGCAGCAACAGCGUGGUCGCCAACUACCUCUACUGGUACCUGCUGGUCGAGUGCGAGGACCAGGACGGGGCGCAGUCCGCCGCCCGCCCCAUGUACCUCACAGUCAUGAGGAUCUUCUCGCAGCGACUCGCCAGGGGCAAUGCAGACCACCAAAGAACACGCUUGUUCCUCGCUCGGCAACAAGUAUUUAUAGACAAACUAGUGAAACUAGUCAAAACGGUCGCCAGGGAGAGUGGCAACCGCAACAAGAAAGCCGAACGUCUCCAGCAACUCCUGGCAGACCCUGAUGCCUUCAAAUUCAACUUCACAAACUUCGAACCGAUGCCGUUCCCUCUAGACCCAAAUGUGACCAUCAAAGGUAUAGUCGCUAAAAAGGCGAGCCUGUUCAAAUCAGCUCUAAUGCCGUCGAAGCUCACCUUCCUGACCACAGAAGGGAUGGAGUACGAGGCUAUAUUUAAACAUGGCGAUGAUCUCCGUCAAGAUCAGUUGAUUCUUCAAAUGAUUACGUUAAUGGAUAAGCUGUUGAGACGAGAGAAUUUAGACUUGAAGUUAACUCCAUAUAAAGUACUAGCGACCAGUUCCAAGCAUGGUUUCCUGCAGUUCAUAGAGUCUGUGACUGUAGCAGAUGCGCUGACGACUGAAGGCAGUAUACAGAACUUCUUCAGGAAACACAAUCCGUGUGAAAGUGCGCCGUAUGGAAUCAAACCUGAGACCAUGGACACGUAUAUACGCAGCUGUGCCGGUUAUUGUGUGAUCACAUACUUACUUGGUGUCGGCGACCGUCACCUCGACAACUUGCUGCUGACGAAGUCUGGCGCGCUGUUCCACAUCGACUUCGGGUACAUCCUGGGACGGGAUCCGAAGCCGCUGCCACCUCCGAUGAAACUCAGCAAGGAGAUGGUGGAAGCAAUGGGUGGUAUACAUUCGGAGCAUUACCACGAGUUCAGGAAGCAGUGCUAUACAGCCUUCUUGCACUUAAGGAGACAUGCCAACCUGAUGCUUAACCUAUUCUCUCUGAUGGUGGACGCAUCAGUACCGGAUAUUGCACUAGAACCGGACAAGGCUGUGAAGAAAGUUCAAGAUAAAUUGAGACUGGACCUGGGUGAUGAGGAAGCCGUCCACUACCUCCAGAACCUGCUGGAUAUGUCGGUCACAGCUGUGAUGGCUGUUCUCGUUGAACAUUUCCAUAAAUUUGCUCAAUACUGGCGUAAAUAAUACAUUCAUCACUAUUUUGUACGUUUCUAAAUUUUUAGUCUCCAUUUUUUUAUAUCCACCCUGCAGCAUAUCUAUAUUUUUAUCCAACUUAAAAAAGUGGAUAAUUUUCAAAUCUGCUAUUUAUAUGUGUCUAAAUAUUUUUCUACACUUAGCAGUUAAUCUAGAUUUUUCAUUUGGCUUUCAAAAAUGGAACAUUCUGAUAUUAACUGUAUUUCUUUUUGUUAUAUCAGAACUUUCUUGUAAGUAAAUAGAUUUCGACGAUUCUGUACUUAUUUGAAAGUUGAUG